AUGACCGACGCUACCGAAGCUUCCAAGUGGUUCCGCUUGCCCCGCAACGUGGUCCCCACUCACUACGACAUUACGCUCAAGUCGGAUCUCGAGGCGCUUCAAUUCAGCGGAACGGCUACCAUCGAUCUUGAUGUCCUCGAGGACACCGACUCAAUCGUCUUCAACGCCGCCGCCAAGCUCCACCUCAGCAAGUCGCUGGUGCUCAGCCAGGCGCUCAAGACUGACAACAAGAGCAUUGUCACUCUCGACAUCGACAGCAAGCAUGAGCGAGCCACAGCAAAGCUGCCCAACUCGCUCCCCAAGGGCUCCAAGGCACAGCUCGUUGUGGCUUUCGCCAGCGACAUCGACAACAGCAUGAUGGGCUAUUACCGCUCCACUUGGGAGCACGAGGGAAAGAAGGGCUACUACGCCCUCACCCAGUUCGAGCCUACCGCUGCCCGACGUGCCAUCCCCACCUGGGAUGAGCCCAACCUCAAGGCCACCUACACCUUCCGCAUGAUCCACCGCAAAGACACCACUGCGCUCGCCAACAUGAACGUCAUCAACUCCAAGGACAUCACUCAGAUCGAGCAAGAAAAGCUCCUUCGUGCAGCCGAACUUGGUCUCGACCACGCUUCGCUUGCUGCCGGAAGGACGGAGGGUAAAACGGAGGGCAAGACCGAAGGCAAGACUGAAGGCAAGACCGAAGGCAAAACUGAGGUCUCUUCCACCGCCUCCAACGACUGGACUCUUACCGAGUUUGCCACCACCCCCAAGGUCUCGACUUACUUAGUUGCAUGGGCCAACGGUCCCUUUGUUAGCCUCGAGAGCAGCUACACCAGCCCUCUUACCGGCAAGGUUAUUCCCAUGAAGGUAUACACUACGCCCGAGUACAUCCACCAGGCCCAAUAUGCGCUCGACGUCAAGGUGAAGGUCUUGCCCGAGUACGAGCGCGUCUUCGACGUCGCUUAUCCCUUGCCCAAGCUCGACACGCUCGUUGCCUCGGAUUUCGAUGCUGGCGCCAUGGAAAACUGGGGUCUCAUCACCGGGCGAACCUCGGUGUACCUCUACGAUGCUGAAAAAUCGGGCUUGCAGGGCCAGAAGCGAACCGCUGGGGUCCAGUCGCACGAAGUGGCCCACCAGUGGUUUGGCAACAUCGCCACUCUGGACUGGUGGGACAACCUGUGGCUCAACGAGGCUUUCGCUACUUUGAUGGGCGAGGUUGUCAUUCUUGACCGAUGUUUCCCCGAGUGGGAGUCUGCCUCCGAGUUCAUCAACAUGCACCUCGACCGCGCCCUCGACCUCGACGGCAAACGCUCCAGUCACCCCAUCGAGGUGCCUCUCCAAGGUGAAAACGUCGAGGAUGCCAUCAACCAAGUGUUUGACGCCAUUUCUUACUCCAAGGGCGCCAGUGUGCUCCGCAUGCUCUCCAAUAUGAUCGGCGAAGACGUCUUCCUCAAGGGUGUCUCGAUCUAUCUCAAGAAGCAUCUCUACGCCAACGCCGUCACUAAGGAUCUUUGGGACGGAAUCAGCGAGGCUUCUGGCCAAGACAUUGCUUCGAUCAUGGCCAACUGGAUCUUGAAGCAGGGCUUCCCCGUCCUCACUGUCACUGAAGAAGCCGAUGGCGUGCGUAUCAAGCAGAACCGCUUCCUUUCCACUGGUGAUCCCACUCCCGAAGAGGAUGAGACACUCUGGCACGUGCCUCUGAUGCUCAAGACCGUCGGUGCCGAUGGCAAGGUCUCGGUAGACCGUGACGCUGUGCUUAAGAGCGAGCGUGAGGUCACGCUCCCCCUUGCUAACGCCAAGGACGCCACUUACAAGCUCAACGCCGAGACCAUUGGCGUCUACCGUGUCGCCUAUUCGCCCGAGCGACUCGCCAAGCUCGGCGAGGAGGCUGCUAAGCCCAACUCGGCCUUCUCGCUCGAGGAUCGCGUCGGUCUCGUUGCGGACGCGUUCACGCUCGCAUCCGCGGGUUACGGCAAGACUUCGGGAGGUCUUUCGCUACUCAAGGCUCUGAGGAAUGACCCUACCUACCUGGUCAACCAGGCGUCGAGUGUCAACCUCGGCACACUUAGCAGCGCCUGGUGGGAGCAGGACGCCAAGGUGCAGACCGCCAUCAAAAAGUUGCGCGCCGAUAUCUUUGGGCACACGGCCAAGAAGCUCGGGUUCGAGUUUGGUGCCAACGAUUCACCCGACCUCAAGCAGCUGCGUGCCACCGCCAUCGCUGCGGCUGCCAACGGCGAGGAUGAGUGGACGCUCUCUGAGAUUAAGAAGCGCUUUGACCAGUACAUUGCGACUGGAGACGAGAGCCAGAUCCACCCGGACUUGCUGCGAACCGUCUUUGCGCGUGCGGUCGAGCACGGCGGGGAGAAGGAGUACGAUUCGGUGCUUGCCAUCUACCGCAAGCCGCAGACACCUACGCAUAAGAUCGCAGCCAUGCUCGCGCUUGGUGCGUCUUCUGACGAGAAAUUGCUCGAGCGCACCGUCGAGUUUGUCUACAGCUCCGAGGUUAAGGAGCAGGACUUUAUGUACUUCUUUGCCUCGCUCAGUGGAAACCCCAAGGGUCGACGAAUCAUCUGGGACGCUACCAAGUCGCGCUGGGACACUUUGUCCAAGCGUUUUGCCGGCAACUUUUCGCUUAGCAGACUCAUCGAGUACUCGUUCAGCGCCUUCAGCUCUGAAAAGGAUGCACAGGACGUCGAGGCGUUCUUCAAGGACAAGGACACGGCGAAAUUCAGCAUGGGUCUUAGCCAGGGUCUCGAUGCUGUCAGGGCCAAGGCUAGAUGGAUCGAGAGGGAUGCCAAGGAUGUUGAGCAGUGGUUGAACGCGAAUGGCUACCUCGCUUAG